AAUAAAUUCUCUUUCAUUUUCAGAUCGAGCUAUUAGCCGUACGACUUCAGUUUAAUUUUACUUGUUUUUCCCGAUUAUCACAAUGGUUGUCUACAAACUAACAUAUUUCAAUAUCAUGGGACGAGCAGAACUGACACGCGUUAUGUUCGCUCAAGCGGGUGUAAAAUAUGAAGAUGUCAGACUCACACCCGAAGAGUGGGGGAAGAUGAAACCAAGUAGCGUAUUUGGACAACUUCCAAUGCUUGAAGUCGAUGGUGUCCAAUACUGCCAAAGUCCUGCGAUAAAUAGUUAUUUGUCAAAAAAAUUCGGCUUUUCUGGGAAAACUGAGGAAGAGAGAAUGCGAGUUGAAAUGAUUGGAUUCUGUAUUCACGACAUGGCAAUGAAGAUCCCGUACAUGGAAAAAGAUGAGCAAAAGAGGAAAGAAGGGUUCGAACGAGCGUUCAAAGAAGACGUGCCCCCUUUGUUGCAAAAACUUGAAGCACUUAUUAAACAAAACAAAAAUGGUGAUGGUUAUUUUGUGGGCGAGCUCUCGUCUGCUGAUAUGGGCUGGAUGCUGAUGGCAGAUUAUUUUAAACUCAAGUGCCCUGACCUCUUGAAGGCUGUGCCAAAACUGGCAGCCCUCGCAAAGAAAGUAGCUGCGGAGCCUAAAAUUAGUGCCUGGAUAAAAUCUAGGCCCAAAACAGAAAUGUAGAUGUAUUACACUUCCAAACGAGCAAUUAUUUCAGAAGAAUUCAAGUUUAAUUCGAGAAAGCUGUUGCAAUAUUGAAUGUUGUUUUUCAUUUAUUAGAUGGAAGUAGACUGAAAUAUUGAAAUAUAUCAUUCACAAGCAAAAAUAUGUUUCUGGUAGAGA